AUGGCUACUCGACCAGCCGAUUAUCAGCGCGUGGCCUCACACGGGCGCGGGGGUGCUGGAAACAUCGCGAAAGACGACCCGACCAAUUAUCCGAAGCCAGAAGAUCUCGUCACGCCGACGCUCAAAUGCGACACGUAUACGACAGGUCGCGGCGGCACUGGAAACAUGGCCCGCAACGACCCUCAACACCCUGAACUUGCGCGCGCGGCCCAGGACGUCGAUAGUACACCACAGCCGGAGGUCCAGGGUCCCAAACACUAUGGCCGAGGGGGUGCUGCGAAUGUCAUUGGCGAAGAGGCCAAGCGCAACAGUGAGGAUGCCAAGCGCGAGGAUCAGGGUGCUGGAAAGGGUCUGCUCGGUAAAGGCAAGGACCUUUUGAACAAGCUGGGCAAGAAGUAG